GCCACGGCGCCGACUCGCUGUCCGACGGCGGUGGCGACGGGCCCGAGGCCGAGGCCCUCCUCCAGGGCGACACGCCCUCCAGGUCCUCCUCGGACCUGGGGCCCGAGGGCGAGGCGACGGCCGAGCAGAUCCUGGCGCGGGGCGCGUUGCUGCAUCGAUACCACUUGGAGGCGUGGGACAGCGCGCUCCACGAGGGCGUGCCCGCCGACCACUGCCCCGGCAGCCGCGACGACGGAGCCUUCGAGGACCCGGAUGGGCUGCUCGGGCUGAGCGCGACCCAGGAGAAG